UGCUCUCAGCACCACUCCUCUGCACCAGCGAGGCCGUGCCGGGUGUGUGUGUGUGUGUGUCUGGGGCCGACAGCAGUCGCUAUAUACACGUGUUAUCAUGGCUGCCACAACCACAAGUGAGAUAGCCGGCACCAUGAGCAGUCCGCGACGUUGCAGCGUCAACCCGCUGGCGGAGUUACUGAUCUUGUGUGUGUUUGGGACUGUGCCGGCGCUGGUGGUGCUGGUGGUGCUCUUCCACUCCCCCGGGUCUUCCGUCAGGGGCUUCUCCCUCCUGGUGGUGGUGUCUGUCAUCGGCGCCUGCGUCUCGCUCCUCCUGGCCCACUACCGCCUCGUGUCUCGACGCCCACAGAGUGAGGAGGACCUUGAGAGCGGUGGCGCAGAUGCCAGCACUGGUGAGGCUGAUUCUCCGCCCAAGUACGACUCAGUAAUGGCCAAACCUCCUCCCUACGACCAACUCUACACUGGAGACCAGACCGGGAACGACUCCACACAUGACAUCCUUCUGGAUCACGACCUAGGCGCCAGUCUAACGACAGGAGGAGAGAAGCCAGACGCCAGUCCUCCGUCAUACUCUGAGGUCACCAAGACUGGUGCUUCCCAGUCACUUGACCAGUCAGCGCACCAGUGAGCCUGGCCUCUCAUCGCGUCAAUCAGCGAGCCAAUGACAAUGCCAGCAUUGGCACUGGAAGGCUGUGUCGUCAGCGACUGACACUGAGGAUGUCGUUAGUGGUUGGCACUGAGGCCGUGUCAUCAGCGACUGACACCGAGCGCCUGCGUCGUCAGCGACUGACACUGCUGCUGAAGGUGAUUGCUGUCAGGACAAUUUUGCUCAGGAAUGCUUUGAAAGCGGAAGAAGCUGUAUUAACUCUGCACAGUAGGAAAACAGGAACCUACGUGUAUGACCAAGCAGCCUAUUGUUGUCAUACAACAGCCACUUUGUAUCAUUAGGACGGCACUUUUGUAUGAUUAUUGUCAUCAGGACACGUGACAUAUUAUACAAAUAAGUCAUACAUUUUGUGCUGUGUGACACAUAAUAUAUCACAACAGUCAUGAAUCAUUGCUUGUAUGAUACACAGAAUACACACAAGUCAUGUAUAAUAAGCAGAAUAUUAUACAAAAGUUAUGUAUUAUGCCAUAUAUAUAAUAGGCAGAAUAUUACACAAUAGCCAUAUAUUAUGGCAUGUAUAAUAGGCAAGAUAUUCCCCACAAGUCAUGUAUUAUGACAUGUAUAAUAGGCAGAAUAUUACACAAAAAGCCAUACAUAAUAGGCAGAAUAUUACACAAAAUCCAUGUAUUAUGCCUCAUAUAAUACACAACAUAUGAAAAUGCUUUAAUAAAGCUGAAAUUCUCACAAGGAGGUGACCGAAAUAAUAUGGUAAUGGUACUUGUAUUUAUAUGACCCAAUACGAACCAUUCUGACACGAGGAUGGUUGUCCACUGAACCAAAGAUUAAUAUGUUUGCUAUAAUUUAUUUUUCUGAGUAUAAUUGAAAGGUAUUUUAACGUUUAGUUAUACUUCAUUAUACAAGAGAGUGAUUAGGGGUUGUAUAUAUAAUGAGGGAACAAUGACACACACACACACACACACACACACACACACACACACACACACACACACACACACACACACACACACAAGGUCGUCGGGAGUCAUUGUAUUCUGUUUCUUACAAUUGUAAAAACUUAGUCAUUGUAUUCUGUUUCUUACAAUUGUAAAAACUUAGUCAUUGUAUUCUGUUUCUUACAAUUGUAAAAACUUAGUCAUUGUAUUCUGUUUCUUACAACUGUAAAAACUUACAAUUAGAAAUACAGGGCCCACGAGAUGAUUCAUUCCUACAUGUUUUGUACCAUAGGAAGACAUGUUCCAUAGAAGAAUAUGGGUAUACAGUCAAUAGGAACAGACAUACUCUCUAUUCAAGCAUAUGAUAUACUGUCAAAAGCUGUCAAGUUGCAGAUAAUUGCAAGACGUAAAGUAAGUGUAUGUUUGUUAAUCCUGCAUAACUUGGGAGUGUUGUAAUAAAUAACUUAAUUCAGA